AUGCAGUCGACGCCAUCACCCGUGCUGCCGACGCAUGCGACGGCCGACUCUGGCCAUCUGUUCGACACCUCCUUGAUCGGCUCCUCCGACCAGGCGUGCAAGGAGUGCCGACGGAGAAAGGCGCGCUGCAACCGGGCUCUGCCCACCUGCAACCUCUGUGUCAAGUAUCGAAGGCAUUGCUUAUACGAGAAGCAUGCAAGGACGCCUCUGACGCGCAAACACCUCACCGAGGUCGAGGCUCGAUUGGAAAGGGCCGAAGUCUUGCUGCGCCAGGUGCGCGCUCUCGUUCCUCCCCAUCUGAGAUCGUGGGAGAACCCAUCGUCGACGGCUGCGCCUGACUCUGUUCAUUUUUCAGAGUCUCUUUGUCAUGAAAAGACAGUGGCCGGUGGGCAAGCAAGGUCGAGGUUGUCGCCUCCCAUCUUGCGGCAACAUCAGAGGGACACGGGCGACGUUGAUCACCAAAAGAUGCUGGAGCGUCCGCCCCUGGAGGACUUUGAGUGGAGCGAGAAGGACUCUCCCUACGCCUGCGACCCGUCUCCCGAUGGUCUUGGGCCCGAUCCAUCCGGCGCCGACGACGUUCCCCUGACGGACGGCAUGGCGUCGCUGACCGUCAACGAAGGGGACUCCGGCUACCUCGGCAUCGCAUCAGGCGCCGCCUUGCUGCGAUUGCUCGAGCCCAAUGCCCCGAGACAAAAUCCGUCGAGACUGCAUCAGGAAGUCUCGCCUUCCAUGACGUCUCAGCCCAACCCCAAUCGCCAUAUUGCCGAAACGAUGAUCGACGCCUACUUUCGCCACUACCAUGUGUGCUACCCUCUUGUCCACGAGCCCUCCUUUCGUGCUCAGUACAGCGAAGUCAUAUCGAGGCCACAUGGGCCCUCCUGGACCGCCCUCGCCUACGUCGUCGCCGCCAUUGGCGUCUGGACCUCGGCAACCUCGUCUGCCGACAAGCUCGACUUGGCCCUCUUUGCCCAAGCCCGCUCCAUCCUCGGCUUCAACUUCCUCGAGCUCGGCAACUUGAGCCUUGUCCAGGCUCUUAUCCUUGCCUCGAACUAUCAGCAGAAGAGAGACAAGCCAAACUCGGGAUACAACUACCUCGGCCUAUCCAGCCGCAUGGCCAUGGGCCUGGGACUGCACAAAGAGUUUCAGGGCUGGAACAUUGCGCCCCUGAGCAUGGAGAUUCGACGACGCGUCUGGUGGACCCUUUGCUCCUUCGAUAUUGGCGCCUCCAUCACCUUCAGUCGUCCGGACGUUUGGCCCUACAAAGGUGUCGAGGUUUCCUAUCCCCUCAACGUCAACGACAGCGAUCUCACCGCCGCUUCCGACGCCUAUCCGCUCGAGAGCAGCACGGUCACUCCAUACUCCGCCGUCGCCACCCAAGCACGUUUCCACGUUGCGACGCACGAAUGCUACGAAAAGGUCAUCUCCAAGCCCUUUCCCUCCGCCGACGAGCUGCUCCGGCUGGAAAGGACCAAGAUAGAGGGUUGGAAAGCCGACGUACCGGCCUACUUUGCCGAAGAGGCCAUCGUGCCGCGCCGGUACGCGCUUCCGCACGCCGUCAUGGCCUGGCGUCUGCGGAACUUGCGCAUCAUCAUGUAUCGUCCCUUUGUCAUUCGCCGCGCCCUGCGACGAAAACCAGACGCCGACGAAGCAAGCGCGACGGCGUACGAUCGCUGUCUUUUCGAUGCGCAGUCGACCAUCGACAUGAUUGAGCGCUUUUGGCAUCGUCAUGAACAUAAUCGCCUGUCGGCAUGGUAUGCGCUGUACUUUCUUUUCCAAGCUGCCCUGAUCCCGUGCGUGUGUCUUCGAAACGACCCGACGGCCGACGCGGCGGUCGGCUGGAGGGGUCAAAUUUCGACCACCCUCCGAUUGUUGGGCGCCAUGUCGCACUUGAACAAGAGUUGUUCGCGCUGCCACGGCAUCAUCACUGGCCUAUGCGGUCGGUACCUAGACGGUAACCAAUCCGAGAUGCGAGCGUCACAAUCCGAGCCGCAGUCGGAGUCAGCCGUGGAAUCCGGAAUCCAACCUGCGGACGAGCGACGAUGCGGGAGCAGCCAACCGGUGGGGGAAAGCCCCGAGACGCAAAUCAACAGCGUCUUUCCCAUGAUGUGGCCGAAUCUGCCGCCGAUGGAGGUAGCUGAUGCCGUCAUGGGAGACGACACAGGAUGGAUGGAAUUUCUGCGGGCCGGAAGCGAAGAUGAACAUGAUUCCAACUGGAAGGAGACUCGCGACAGCCUCCAUGGCGUGUCCUAUAUCCAUUCCAUUCUUGCUGGUCCAAAUGAAUGUUAUGCCCAAAUUGACCGGUAUGAAGUUGAGCUCAACGCUUUCAUCUCGCAGGCGCCCCGUUCGAAAGUGCUUCGCGUUGCCGGAACGCUCGACGAAGAGCGUCGGAUGGGCCAUGUCAGAAGUCCCCUCCACAGAACUCCAAUCGUGCUCAAGGAUUGCUUAAUCACGGCCUCCAAUCUCGACAUGAGCACGGCGGCCGGGCCGCUUUCGUUUGUGGGAUCGAAGGCGGCCAAGAACUCGGCGAUCGCGCAACGACUCAUCGACGCAAGUCUCAUCAUCUUGGGUAAAACAAACAUGACGGAGUUUGCCGUCACGAUGUUGGCGAUGAUAAUGCCCGAAUGGUCCUCCCACGGCGGACAGACCCUAUCUCCGCAGGUGAGGAAAUUCGAGGAGAACGAGACGAUACUCAGCCACUGGGUAAGGGACAUGGGACGAUCCGAUGCGGCGUAA